GGUGCGGAAAGAUUUGGCUAAAGUUUUAGAGCAAUUCUUGGAUUAUCCUGGUUCUCCUAGUGUUAUUGUAUCGAUUAUUAAGAAACAGGGAGGAAGUGAUACGUUGUAUUUUCGCUCUAAUGAAUAUUUUGAAAACGACGGAGUUGCAAAGAUGAAUUUUAGAGGCAAAUGGAUGGUCAUGAUAUCUGAUCCAACGAUCGCUAAAAAUUUAUUAUUGCAACCUGAAACUAACCCCAAAUUACUGUUCGAUGAGUUUAUGUCAGAUUCUGCAGUUGCACGCCAUUUUGGUGUUAAUGUUGUUCAUUCAAAUGGCGAUAUCUGGAAACGACACAGACGUGUUUGUAACCCUGCAUUUAAAACUUUACCAAUACAUCUCUUUGUUGAAACGGGAUUAAAGUUGAUGGAUAUUUUAGAAAAAAUUGAUAACAAGCCUGUUGAAAUUGUAAAUAUUAUGCAAAGAUUUACUUUAGACGUUCUUGGAAAAGUUUCCUUCAAUUUUGACUUUAAUAAUCUUGAGGAUCCAAAUAAUGUCUACGUAACAGCUUAUAAUGAGUCUCAGAAAAUUUUCAAAAACCAAUGGUUAAGGAUUUUUCCAAUUGAUCGCAUUCCAGGCAUAAACCAACUAGUAUUUAGAAAAGUUAAUAGACUAACUAACUUAUUUGAAGAUAUUAUCAAAGAAAAACGUAAACAUUUAGCUGCUGGACAAUCUAAUGGCGAUCUUUUGGAACUUAUGAUAAAUGCUUGUGAAGAUCCCGAUAAUCAAAUGUUAUCAGAUACUGAAUUAAGAAACGUCCAAGAAAAAGCUCGAGAAGAGGUCUUAAGAAUACUUGGUGAUGAUCUAACACCAUCAGCAGAACAACACAAGUCAUUAAAGUAUUUAAAUAUGAUCAUUCGUGAAAAUCUUAGAUUAUAUCCACCAGCCCCAAAUACGACAUUACGUCGAUUAACCAAAGAUUUAAAGCAUAAGAAUUUUGUGAUUCCAGCUGGUACUCCCAUUACUAUCUUUUUAUAUGCAAUACAACAUUCACCAAAAUAUUGGGAAAAUCCCGAAGAGUUUUUGCCUGAGAGGUUUGAAAAUGAACAUGCGAAUGGUGAUCAAUAUUGGUUGGCUUUUGGUGGUGGAUCUAGAAU